AUGCUAACAUUGAUUAAUGUUUUACCAGCAGAUACAGGUAAAAUCAUUAGACGCCCCAAAAUAAAAGCUAAACCAUUCACCGACAUUGUUCCUAGUCCAGUGAAGAAUAUUAUAACUUCCCCAUUUAAAUGUCAGGAAGUUCAGCAAUUUCAGAAUUUUCUGACAAGUUAUCAUCGACAUGGAGGGUGGAAUGAAUACAGUCAUAAUACGUUUAUUCAAUCUUGGAAGAAACAUUUUCAAAAUAAAGCAUAUUCUGAUGUGAUGAUAGAUAACAUAAAAAUUGAAAAAUCACAUGUAUUUUUUAGCGAAAUAAUUGAAAAAUUGCCAGGCGUGACAAAAGACGAUAUUGUUCAACAUUGUGAGUGGUAUUUAGAGUAUUUGGAUUUGAAAAGACAGCAACAAGAAGCAUUGAAUAAAUGGAGAGCUAACAAGAAAAUAAUAAAAAAACAUAAAUUAUCAAAUAAGGUGGAAAAGCAAACUGAGAAGGAAAUAACUAUUGGGUCUACUGGAGAAACGGCUGAAAAAACUACAAGCUACAUUAACAUCGCUGUGAAUCCCACAUUAGUUAUUUUGACAAUUUGGGUCAUUUAG